AUGGGGUUCGUGGAUGGUGGGGCACGAUCGAGUGGGGCUGCGGCGGAGGUGGUGAUCGGGGCCCACCAGAUGGAGGACAGCCUGGUGGAGUUCGAUAUGGAGGGCGGGAGGCUGGGGUUUAGCUCGUCUGUGAUGUUGCACGGGACCAUGUGUGCUAACUUCAACUUCACAACCAAUGAUAGGCUUGUCUCGCCGGAAGCAAGACUGGCCGCCGGGAAGCCUCCCGGCUUCCCAGCAGUCCUCGCGUUCGGCGACUCGUCGGUCGACACCGGCAACAACAACUACAUAGCCACCCCGUUUAGAGGCGACCACCCGCCCUACGGUCGAGACUUCCCGGGCCGGGUCCCGACAGGCCGAUUCUCCAACGGCAGGCUCGUCCCAGACAUCCUCGCCUCCCUCACGGGCCUCAAAGAGACCGUUCCCCCUUUCCUCUCCCCAAACCUGUCGGACUACGAAAUCGCAACAGGUGUCAGCUUCGCAUCGGCCGGGUCGGGUCUCGACGACCUCACGACCUCCAUUUCCGGGGUCAUACCUGUUUCGAGACAGCCGGGGUAUUUUCAGGACUAUGCCAUUAGGCUCGAGGGCGUUCUCGGAAAACGGGAGGCCCGGAAGGUUCUUGAAGGGGCGCUGGUCGUUGUGAGUGCCGGGACAAACGAUUUUAUAUUAAACUUUUACGAUUUUCCAACGAGGAGGGUUCGGUUCUCUGCGGACAAGUACCAAGACUUCUUGCAGAUGAAGUUAAGGGAAUUUGUUAAGGAACUGUAUAUUCUCGGGUGCCGGAAAAUGGUGGUGUCGGGCCUGCCGCCAAUCGGGUGCUUGCCGAUACAAAUGACGGUCAAGUCCCCGAUUCUGAGGGCGUGCAGCCACCGGGAGAAUGCCGACGCCAAGUCAUACAAUGAGAAGCUUAUGAAGCUGCUGCCACGUAUGGAAAACGAGCUUCCAGGAAGCAAAAUCCUCUACGUGGAUGUGUAUAAUCCUCUCAUGGACAUAAUCAACAACCCCGAAAAAUAUGGCAAGUAUAUGUAA